AUAUAUUUUUCAUUUAUACUGUACAGCAUCUUGCAAUAUUUGCGCAACAGCUGCUUCUGUGUUCGAAAGUCGAAGUCGAAAACAUACGUAUGCCAUCAAGCAAAUGUUGAAUUUAAACGUGCAACAUACCAAAGUAUUAGUUGCCGAGCCAGUGUGGAAGAUUCUGAUAUAUGAUCGCGUUGGUCAAGACAUCAUAUCACCUAUAAUAUCUAUUAAGGAGCUGCGUGAGCUGGGCGUUACUUUGCACGUACAACUGCACUCUGACCGCGAUUCUAUACCUGAUGUGCCCGCAAUUUACUUUUGCAUGCCAACCACUGAAAAUCUCGACCGCAUACAGCAGGAUUUUGCAAAAGGCCUGUAUGAUGUUUACUACUUAAACUUCCUAGCACCCAUUACGCGUCAAAAAAUUGAGGAUUUGGCAGGUGCAGCGCUGCAGGCAGGCUGUGUCGCCAACAUACAUCGGGUGUAUGAUCAGUAUGUGAAUUUUAUAAGCUUGGAGGAUGAUUUCUUCAUAUUAAAACACCAGCAAAGUGAAUUGAUGUCAUAUUACACCAUAAAUCGAGCUAACACAAAGGAUGAUGAGAUGAUGAUGUUAAUGGAUUCGAUGGUGGAUUCUUUGUUUGAUGUUUUUGUCACACUCGGAAAUGUUCCAAUUAUACGUUGCCCACGAAAUACAGCUGCCGAGAUGGUUGCACGUAAAUUGGAAAAGAAAUUGCGUGAAAAUCUAUGGGACGCUCGCUCUAAUUUGUUUCACAUGGAUACCUCACAAGCAGGAAAUGGUGUGUUCAGUUUUCAGCGUCCAGUGCUUUUGUUAUUGGACCGCAAUAUUGAUUUAGCUACACCAUUACAUCACACUUGGUCAUAUCAAGCGUUGGUGCAUGAUUUGUUAGAGCUAAGUUUGAAUUUAGUGUAUGUGGACGACGAUGUCAGUAUGCAUGCAGGAGCACGUAAAAAGCCUAAACCAUGUGAUUUGGACCGUAAUGAUCGCUUUUGGAUUACGCAUAAAGGCAGUCCAUUUCCUACAGUUGCAGAGGCUAUCCAAGAGGAACUAGAGUCUUAUCGUAGCUCGGAGGAUGAAAUCAAACGGCUAAAAACCUCGAUGGGUAUUGAUGGUGAAAAUGAAGUUGCAUUUUCGAUGGUGAACGAUACAACGGCCAGAUUAACCAAUGCGGUUAACUCAUUACCGCAACUCAUGGAGAAGAAGCGACUGAUUGAUAUGCAUACAAAGAUUGCCACCGCUGUCUUGAAUUUCAUAAAGUCACGACGUUUGGAUUCGUUUUUCGAGUUGGAAGAGAAAAUCAUGUCAAAGCAAACUCUUGAUCGUCCUAUAUUGGAUUUAUUAAAAGAUCCUGAAUUUGGUUUGCCUGAGGAUAAAAUGCGCUUGUAUAUUAUUUUCUAUAUUUGCGCACAGAACGCGUCGGAGCACGAAUUCGAACGCAUGAAAGAAGUGCUGCAAGAAGCGGGUUGUGAUUCAUCACCUCUGCCGUAUGUGCAACGUUGGAAGGCGCUUAUGAAUCGUUCGCCUAUGGUUAACCAGUAUGAAGGCGGUGGCACUAAAACAGUGUCGAUGUUUUCAAAACUAGUGUCGCAGGGUUCAUCUUUCGUUAUGGAAGGCGUCAAGAAUUUAGUCGUUAAGCGUCAUAAUCUUCCUAUCACCAAAUUGACUGAACAAGUUAUGGAAUGUCGGAAUAAUGUGGAAAUUGAUGACUAUUUGUAUCUGGAUCCAAAACUUUUGAAGAACGGCGAUGUUAUGCCCAAAAAUCGUUCACCAUUCCAGGAUGCAGUAGUCUUUAUUGUAGGCGGUGGCAAUUACAUUGAAUAUCAAAAUAUGAUUGAAUUCAUCAAACAGAAGCAAAGCUCACAAUCACACAAGCGCAUCAUUUAUGGUUCCUCCACACUGACAAACUCCAAGCAGUUCCUCAAGGAGCUAUCGGCUUUGGGGCGUGAAAUACAAACCCCUGUGUUUAGUUAGGAGCGCCAAUACCAGAAUCUUCUUAAAUUUGAAUGCUGUUGAAAUAGGAAGGAAAUGCUAAAAGAAAUCUAAUAACGAAAGCAAAAUCGUAUCCUGUUGCUUUGUAUCUUGCGCUUGGCAUUAAAACUUGUUAUAAUUUAAA